UCCUCCCUUUUAGCUUCCAUUUUACAGCAAAAAAAUACACACACACUCUCGCCCUCUCCCGCCCGCAGAUCAUCAACAAACGAAGUCACAGAAGGAAAUUAGAAAGGCAGAGAGAGGGAGAGAGAGGGUACAAAGGAAGAGCGAGAGAGCAUGCAAUUGCAAACCCUCCUUCUCCCCCUCCUCAACAAUGUCUUUUCCACUUUCGACCCUCUCUCUUCUUCUCCCAAUUCAAUUCUCAUCAUCCCCUCUCUCCCACCUUCUCCUCCCCCAGACUUGUUGUUGACUUCCCAUCAUGAUCACGGCGGAAUCACCAGAAUCAUCGGUACCAGGAGGCGGCGGAGUUGGGAAUACAGAGGGGGAAGCUCCCGACGUGGAGAAAGUUCUCGACUUUCUGCGCAGGAGUGGGUUGAAAGAGGUUGAAUUGGCUCUCAAGGAGGAUAUCAUCGAGAAAAACGAAUUUGGUUCUGUCGAUUUCGAGAAAUUCUUGUUCGAGCUUCCUCCGGUGAGGAUUUCGCCGGCCACUUUCCUGCAGGUGGAGGCCGGGGGAGAAGAUUCCGCCGGCGGGGAGUCUUUUCGUGGUAGAGCGAAUUCUGGGGUAGUUAGCUCCGAUGAUGAGUUCGUCAGCUUGGGUUCUUCCACCAGUGGUCUAUGCUCUUCAGAAUUCACUAAUCCGUAUGGACUCCGGUCAGGUUCACAGCACGAUUCGGACACUUCCUCGGACAGAAUGUCACAGUUUGGCACUGCUCGUGACUAUCCUGAUCUCGAUAUGCAGAAUGAUCUCUUCUGGUACGAUGGUAGAGGUGAUGGUAGAGUCGAAGGCUCGUUCAAUGAUCCUCGCCUGGACAACUUUGUAGGCGUGAGCGAGGAUAAGUUUGUGAUGACGUCUGGAGCAGCAGAACGGCAGCUAGAAGAGGAUGCAGUUGGAUUGUACGAUAAAUCUGAAGGGUUUGAGACGGAGGCAAGCGUUGACUUCUUGGACAAGCCAUGUCUUUUCGAUGCCACAUCUGUUGUGAACAAUGAUGCUAACAUGGCUAGAUCGACGGGUGGAGAAAAUGGUUGCUUGGCUCUACUUUGCAAGUGUUGUGGAGGUGCAGGUGGUGGAACUGUUUAUGAAAAAGAACCUGUUGAUUAUGAGUUCUUGGGAUCCAAGGAAACUGAUGGUUUGAAUUGUUUAGAGCAGAAGGUAGGGGAUUUUGUCAAUGAAAUUAGGGAAGGAGAUUGUGGAAGUCAAGGGAUUGAAUGUUGUGAAGAUGAUUCCGAUCAACUGGCAACGUUCAGAAUGGAUUAUGAUGAGCUAGGACGUGAUGAAGUAAGUGAAGCACAAAAUAAGGUAUUAGCUCCAAAGGAGAGGGAGGAUCAUGAAAUUGAUGAUGAAGUUGUCUUUUGUGAGAAUGAGGUGGAUGAGUAUGAAGUAUUUGAACUACGAAUCAUACACCGGAAGAACAGGACAGGAUUUGAGGAAAACAAAGAUCUGCCUAUUGUAAUAAACACAGUAAUCGGAGGCAGAUAUUAUAUAACAGAGUACCUUGGAUCAGCCGCUUUCAGUAAAGUUGUUCAAGCGCAAGAUCUUCACACAGGGGUGGAUGUCUGUCUUAAGAUCAUAAAGAAUGACAAGGACUUCUUUGAUCAAAGUUUAGAUGAGAUCAAACUUCUUAAGCUUGUGAACAAGAACGAUCCAAAUGACGAGAGGCACAUAUUACGCCUCUAUGACUACUUCUAUCAUCAGGAGCAUCUCUUCAUUGUCUGCGAACUCCUACGAGCUAAUUUGUACGAGUUUCAGAAGUUCAAUCAAGAGUCAGGUGGUGAGCCUUACUUUACAUUAGCCAGGUUGCAGACAAUAACCCUGCAGUGUCUGGAGGCGCUCGAGUACUUACACCAGUUGGGGAUCAUUCACUGUGAUCUGAAGCCAGAGAACAUUCUGAUAAAGAGCUACCGAAGGUGUGAGAUCAAGGUCAUUGAUCUAGGAAGCAGCUGCUUUAAGACAGACACCUUGUGCUUAUACGUGCAAUCUCGUUCGUAUCGUGCCCCUGAAGUCAUGCUAGGCCUUCCCUACAAUGAAAAGAUCGAUAUAUGGUCUCUUGGCUGCAUCUUGGCUGAGCUGUGCUCUGGCGAGGUACUGUUUCCGAACGACUCAGUGGUAAUGAUCCUAGCUCGAAUGGUCGGGGUUCUCGGUGGUAUCGACAUUGACAUGCUGGAGAAUGGCCAGGAGACUGACAAAUACUUCACAAAGGAGCGUGACCUUUACUACAUUAACGAGGAGACGGACGAAAUGGAGUACAUAAUCCCAGAGGAGACCACAUUGGAGCACCAACUGGGGACGUCCGACGAGGCAUUCCUGGACUUCCUGACGAGCUUGCUGGAGAUCAAUCCUCUGCGACGGCCCACUGCAAGCGAAGCGCUCCAACACCCUUGGCUCUCUCAUUCAUACCACCACCACUCCCACUCUCGUCCGUGAUCUUACUGAGGGAAAAAAAAAAAGAAUUUGGUUGUGAAUUUGUUUCAUUGUUGACCCACGACACCUGUAUGCUAGCUGUACAGAAAAUGCCGCCUCCUUUAAUUGUUGUUCUUCUGCUUUCGACCUCCAUUGUUUUUAGAACCCAGAAAGAUGGCAAUAACAUGGUUUUGAAAUCGAAACCUAAUCUUUGAAACAUCGUCUUUGACAGUUGACAGUAAUUAAACUAUAGGCUCGGGGUUCGUGGGUUUCUCAUGCGCCAUGUUACUUGUCUGUUUACGUUUGGAAAGCAUAGAAAGAGAGAGAGAGUCAGUUGGGGUUUCCCAGCUCAGCACUUGAAGUGGGUAAUUAACACUUUGUGACGAUUCUUUGUUGUAAUGAAGGAUUGGAUGAUUAUUUGAUGAUAUCCAAGAAGCCAGCCAUGUUGGAUUGAAAUCCAAAUCGAUUUUACGGUAUAGA